GGAAAAGAUGCCUCGUCUAAUCUGUAGUACCACAUUUAGGUGUGAAGGGUCCCAGAGGUCAGGACGGUUGUGAGAAGAAUAUGCAAACACGUUUGUCAUAUGAAUGAUAUCCUAUGUCACACCCCAAUAGCGAUGCUGGAAACGAAGAUCCUGGUAUAGACAGUGCCGUUGAAAGACGUAUCAGCCAUCAAGGUGGCUGCGACGAUAUCUGAGUUGUCUGGGAGACUUCCAUCCAGACGGCCAACUUGAAAGCGGCCAAAGCUUCCCAGCUGUGCUGCCCAAUAAUCACCGAAGAACAACCACAGUAUAUCUGGCGGCCUAAAAAAUGUCUGAGGAGGUUGAGACGUAUUCCACUCCACCAACCUCGCCAGCAGACGGACGAGCGUACGGUAUGGCCACAGAAAACGUGAUUCGACCCUCGUUAUCGAGAAAAAAUAAGCAACAGUCGCCUUCAGGAGCAAAGGCAGUGGCACAACGGAUAAGUCCAGGUGAUAAUCCCACAACACUAGUCCGCCGCGACUUCUUUGUGCCACCACCAUCUAUCGAAUCGCCCAGAUCAAUUUCAAGCUCGAGCUUAAGCUGCAGUCCCAGUUCAUUGUUACCAAUGCCCAUGUCUGCAAAGUCACCUUGCUUCGUGCAUUCACACCUAGAUAAAGGAGCAUCGCUACAGGACUGGCUUGAGGUCCAUUCAAAGGAUAACGAGGUACUUGGUUCAGACGUUGGAGUAGCCAAGGCUCUUCAGCAACAUCAUCGGCCUCCACACCAUGUCGAGUUGCCUUGCCCUGAUGGAGGCAGCCAUGCAUUCUCAGAAAAUGACGACAGCGAUACGUAUGGCGGCAACUUGACGAGACAGUUGGCAGAGACAGCAGUCGGGGUUCGUGAAAUGAGUAAGCAACUCGGACGUGCUCGAAUAAGAUCCAAUAUCCAGAGUGUCCUUAUCGUAACCAAGGCCAGGGAUAACCGCCUUAUCAAACUGACGCGUGAGCUUGCAUUGUAUCUGAUGCUCAAACAUCGUCAAGGGGAUCGAGGCCUUAUUGUCUAUGUAGACCAUCAACUGCGCAACUCGAGGAGGUUCGACGCCGAAGGCAUACAGAGAGAUCAUCCAGAAUUGUUUGAACCUCUCCCACGAAGACGGUCGUCCAGCAGCAAUUCUCUUUCUUCUUUAUCAUCAUCAUCCACUCAUCAAGAUGAUUUCAACACGCUCCAGGAGGGUCAGCUACGAUACUGGACUAGUGAUAUGUGCAGCAAUAGUCCUCAUCUAUUCGAUUUUGUCAUCACGCUUGGAGGAGAUGGCACUGUUCUUUUCACCUCAUGGCUCUUUCAGCGAAUUGUUCCUCCCGUCCUCCCUUUCGCACUCGGCUCCCUUGGCUUUCUCACUAAUUUCGACUUCGCUGACUAUCAAGCGGUUGUAGACUCAGCCAUCGACUCGGGUAUUCGUGUCAACCUACGCAUGCGAUUUACAUGCACGGUCUACCGUGCUGUGUUCGACAAGCAAAAGGGCCGCAAGGCCGACGUAAAUAAAGGAGGAUGGGAGGCACUCGAAGGAGGCUGGUCUGGCGGAUUUACCACAUCGGAGGGUGGCAAGUGUUCGAGAGACAAGGAGAUCAUGUGCUUCACAACAAGACCAGUUGAGACGUUUGAGGUUCUCAAUGAUCUUGUGGUGGACCGGGGACCCAGUCCCUAUGUCAGCUUGCUUGAAUUAUUUGGCGACGAACACCAUAUGACAACUGUGCAAGCCGAUGGACUUUGUGUAGCCACGCCCACCGGUUCCACUGCUUACUCAUUAUCUGCCGGAGGGUCCUUGGUUCACCCCGAGAUACCUGCAAUCCUCAUCAGUCCCAUCUGCCCUCACACACUAUCCUUCCGUCCCAUGCUUCUUCCCGACAGUAUGGAGCUGCGCAUAUGUGUCCCAUAUAAUUCUCGUAGCACAGCUUGGGUGUCUUUCGACGGCCGAGGCCGUGUGGAACUGCAACAGGGUGAUCAUAUCAAAAUAACUGCUUCCAAAUACCCCUUCCCGACUGUUUGCGUGGACAAACAGUCAACUGACUGGUUCCAUGCCAUCUCACGAACCCUAAAAUGGAAUGAACGCGAGCGUCAAAAAUCGUUCGUCGUAGUCGAAGAGGGCCCAUCACGAAAAUCCAGCACGGGGAAAACGAGGAGUCCUGAACAAAUGAAGCAAGAUGACAUGUUUGAUGAAGUUUUGGAGGAUGAAGAGGAGGAUGAAACAACGUCUGACGGUGAAGAUGACAAAUUUGAUAUCGAUGACUCUUCGCCCGAGGCUUCGACCAGCGGACGUACUGGUACUCACAUUCCGAACGGGCUAAGUGCUAGAGAUGCUGCAGUCGGUAUUGCAAAAGCUCGCGAGGAAGCGGGUUCCCAGACAGAUGACGAUUUGCUCUCGACACCGCAGUUGGCUGCACUUGCGCUCACUCAAGGCCGUCGCAUCAAAUUCUCUCGUUCUGCCAAAUCACGUUCGCGUUCAAGGUCGGGUUUGCGUUCUGGUGUUGAUACUCCAGGACGGUUCGCUGGACCCGCACAUCGUCCGCCUCAUAUCAGUCCCCACUACAUUGACCAUCGAUUAAGGACGCCCUCUCCCGCACCUUCACAUUCUUCAGAUGACUCGUUGUCGAACAUGGACGUUGCUCAGCGUGGUGCUCGGGAUGAUAUACAUUCUCGGGAGCAAUAUUCAAGUGGUCGUAGUCGCAUUCCCAAGGACAGGGAAUUUGACGACGACCUUCAGACUCCCACCGUGGCAGAUACGCCGCCGGGUCGCAGAAACCAUCACCGAGUAGAUUCGAGGGAUUACGACCAACAUCAUCCCCGCGCCUUUGCUGUAUGGGGCAAUGAUGAGUCCGAUAGUAAUGCAAGUGACAGCGAUGCUUAAUCAUUCGGAAUAUGUUAGGACUUCCUUACCGUUCCUCUGCUGCCCUCUUUUCCCUUUUGUAAAUUAAUCAUUUUACCAUACCCAGACAUCUUAAGUAUUAUGCGUUGCUAUUGCAGCUCUAGCUAGUGCCAUUACUUGUACCAUUAUGUGGAUUCUAGGGAUUUUCGGUCACGUGGGGUUUACUUGUGCAAUGUGCACGCGACUCCUACAUUAAUAUUUUCUGCA